ACAUCUUGGUAGUCACUUUUGACGUGGUGUCUCUUCCAAUCGCCAUGGCUGUUGCAAUUCGUGUGCUGCUGUUCCUUCUCCUUCUGUCCGCGAGUGCUGAACCCACUGCUUCAGCCGUCGCGGGUCCCGCGGUUUCGGCUUGGGAGAAAUGGAUGGAUCGCCUCAUCACGUGCGCAGUGACGUGCCUAGUCCUUGCUGCCUGGCGCGGCUCGGGGGCCAAAGAACCUAAGGAGACGCCGUUGCCUGCGCCUGUGGCAGAGGGUACCAGGGCCGGCUGGUUGAUGCAAGAUCUUGAGAAAUUCGAACGGCUCACGAAGCAACAGAUCGGAAGCGAUAACCCGAGGUUUGCCGAAACUCUGGACGAAGCCUUGUCCUUUGUCCGGGUGCUGUGUGUGGGCAUGAGUGCCUUCGAUUGCUCCUCCCGCGUGGUACAACAUGACACCGACAGCCCUGUCUUGGUGGUACAGACCAAUGGCAAGCUCUUUGGUGACUUUGCCACCCGCUCUCGUAUCCCCUUCAACGUCAUCAGUGAUGAUGAAGUGACAUUCCAGGUUCAAGGCAGUCCGCCCUCGGGGGACUGCCCCUUCCGCUGCAGCUGCCAUGCGCCCUGCUUCGGUCCUGCGAGUCGAAGCUCCAAGGACGGCCAGCCCUUGGGCGGCGCCUGGGCUCAGGUAACUGUGGAACUGGACGGCCAAGUGUUGACGCUGGAUGCUGCGGCGCAGGUCCAUGCGCGGCAGGUGGACCUGGCACAGUUCCCAGGAAAACCCAUCGUUUACGUUCCAAAGAACGACGUCUCUUCCGUGCCCCUGCGGGGCGCCGUCGCCGUGCUUUCGGAGAAGUUCAAGCCGGGCACCAUGUCCGAUGGAGCGCUCCUGCAGGGAGCCUAUCAAGCAGGGGCUGAUGCAGUGAUCAAAAUCGGAGGAGGAGGUGCGAUGCUCUACAGCGUGCCUGACCCCUCAGAGAUCCCCUGCUUUGCUAUUUCUGAAGAUGAUGGCAAGAAGUUGUGCUCAGCCCUCGAGGUGAGCCGAAGUGCCAAGGUCAAAGAGCUCAAAGUGAAUGACCGAAGGCAGAAGUUGCAAGCAGAACGCUGGAACUAUGGAAAGGUUUGGCUACAUUUUUCAGGUCUCUACCUGCAAUCCGUGGACUGGGACGGGCCGCUGUGCGAAGUGGCGCAAGAGGCUCGGGCGUCACCGGAGGCGCUCGUCUAUGAGGACUACUUUGAAGUCUACCAGACCACGAGGGAGGUGGAUCCGCGUUUGGGCCUCGAUCGCAGCAAGCUGCGUCGCAUGAUGGAGUCUGCCUGGUCGCAGCUGGGUCGCAUCGGCCUCACCAAAAAUGCCUCGAUGAUCGGCAAAUUGCUGGCGCUCGGAGCGCAGCGCUGCAAAUUGAAGGUGAACUACAUGAAGUUCCACCCAGCCGAAAGCUUCACAGGAACAGCCUGUGCCAUGCUCUUGUCACCUCACAAGUCAGGUUUCAAGCAGAAGCCCGCAUCUGAUAGUCUGGUCCAGGCCUGGGUGGCGCAUGAGGCGGUCUAUUUGGCCUUGAUGGGCCAUUUUACCAAGCUCAUUGACUACAUGGCACCAUCUCUGUGGAACCUCAUCAAGUGUAUGAACGGCGAGUUCUUUGGCUGGGAGGCCGAUGCCGGGAAGAUCCGCAAACUCUUCACCGCCUGCAGCGGUCCGGUGGGUCCCGUGCCGCGCGAAGUGUGGCAGCAGCGGGACCCCACCUGGCGCAUCACGGACGAACGGAACGCCGUGGGGAUGGUGGUGCGGACCCAAGGCCGAUUGCUAUGGAGCAAAGAUGCCGCGAACACCGCUGCGCCGAAUUCCACAACGCUCCCGAAAUGUGGAGCCACCACCACCGCACCGCGACGGUCUAUGAUGGAUUUCAUGGGUCGAAUGGCUCAGAAAAUCUGCUGCUGCUCGUUGUGAACGAAAGAUGCUGCUGGAGGCGCAAAAAAUGGUCAUACAGAGGACCGUUUCACCCCGAAACCAUGCUGCGAAAAAAUUGCUCGGA